AUGGCUCACAAAAUCGCGGUAAAACCAAUCUACAGAAGCCUUUUGGCCGAGCAGUUGGAUCUGAUGGUUCCAAUGCUACGGCGCGAAUCUCGUUUCAGGUCCGAUGAACCGUUUUGCAGUCAGUACGCUUGAGUCAUGCUUUAGAAUAUUCGUACGCUUGAGUCAUGCUUUAAAAUAUUCAAUUUCAUCCGGAAAACGAUUAUCUGUUUAAUUUUUCGCAUGGAAACGCUUCUUUGCAUAGAGUACACAAAAAUUAUCGACUAGCAUGUCCUCUAAAAAGAUCACUUUUGCAAGCUUUAGUUUUAGUUUUAGUACAUUACCAACCCCUGAAGAGGCUUCAGUAGCCUUGGUUUAUAAAUGAUGUUAAGUAUCUUAAAAUCUUUUUAAAAUUCGUACCACAUCUUUAAGAACAUUUUGGGUGAACUUAUUGAUUUUGAAAAGAAAGACUAUCCAAACAAUUUAAACUACAAUGAAUCACUUCGUUCAGCUAUAUCAAUUUAUGAAGCUUUCGUGAGAAACUACAAAAAUGAAGAGGCUUAAAACUACACAUUUCGGUGUUUGUUCCCAGAUUAUAGUUUCGUUAUAUUGAAAUUUCUUUUCAAUCAGUUUUCUUCGAAAUUUACUUUGGAGAGUCUUUUGCCCGGUUCAGAGUGUAGGACAAAAGAGCGCCGUUCAAAUUGAGCGCCAGUCCGCAAUGCGCCGUCGCGUGUAUUCGACGUGUAUGCAGACGUCGCUUUCUUUUGCGCCGAGUCCGAAAAUGUGGCAGAAAAGUCCAUACUAACAGAUGGCGAGAAAAUUAUUCGAGUUGUAUAUGAAUGUGUACUACACAAUCAAUAAACAAUGUUAGAAAAAGAGCGAAAAAAUAAAAGUUUGAAAUAACGGCGCAAAACGAUUUGGCGCAAACGGACUCGGCGCAAAAGAAAGCGGUGUCUGCCUACACGUCGCAUACACGCGACGGCGCAUUGCGGACUGGCGCUCAAUUUGAUCGGCGCUCUUGGAACCGGCGCUUUUGUCCUACACUCCCGGUUCAAGUAAUUUUCUAAAAAAAAUUUAACUACACUGUUUAUUACAGCACGAAAGAUCGCUUUGAAAAAAAUUUUUGUAGUUUUUUUCAGGUUUUUGGAAAAACUAUCUCCUCUAGUCUCUUUUUUUCAUAUUUUUUUGCCCACUUUUUCAGAGUUUUUCUCAGGUUCAUGGCUUCUGAAUAAGAUCUAAAUCAUUGUUUAUAUCCUUCUAAAGAGUCCAAAGUUCAUGUGAAAAAGGAAAAUCAGCAUGCAAACACUCAAAUUUCGAGGCAUCGAACUUGAGAGCAAGUCAUCAAGGCUGGAUGAAAAGGUCGACGUCAGCACUUGACGUUAAUUGUGAGUGGAAAAUCGUCUUCUUCACCGAUUUUUGAAGAGAAAAUGGCUCUAUUCUUCUCUUUGAAGGUUUGAUUUCUCGGGUUGGGGGAAAAAACUAUUGGGAAUUCUUUUCUCAAUCUCUUGAACUAUCACGAAACCAGAGACUGUUGAGGCCUCUUCUCGCACGCGGAAGGCUGUUAUCGUGCCCGAAAAUCGUUACGUCAGUUGUUUUCGCACUUUUUGCGAACUUUGCUUCUAAUUGGGUCUGAUGUAAGUAGGUAACUUCUUUUUUACGGUUGGCCAAGACCGUUUGCAGGGAGGUUUCGAGAAAAAAGAAGGCUAUUAAAAUGGGGGUGUGGAAGGACCGAUCAUGACAGAUUCGUGGAAGGAAAACAAAAGGACAAGAGAGUGAACUUUAGUCUUUUCAAUUAUUUGCAAGAGUUUUUGAAGGAGAAAUGACUUGAAUCAUAAAAGUUUUAAGACCAAAUCGUUCCCUUUGAUAUGUCAAGUGAUAGAGUCUUCACGGGGGUGGCAUAGCUCACUAGGAAACGUUUUUUUAACCCCCGCCCCGGUUGAACUUUUUGCUGAAACUUUGCUGGUGUACUUUAGGACUCCCUGAUUGCAGAGCAAAAAUUUCCGCAAUAGAUGUUCCCUAGUUAAAAGGGACAGUAAAUUCUGAAAUUUUUUUCGAAAAAUUUUUUUAAAAAUACUGUUUGGAAUCCCAAUCUGACGACCUUUCGGUUUCUUAAAAGAGAAGGAAAUGUGUUUUAAACUCGAAAAUGCCCUUAAAAAUGGUCAGAAACUCCCCAAUGAAGAUUUUUAGAGUCUGAAUUAAGAAAAUGCUCGAAAAACCUUCAAAAUCAAAGAAAGGUGUGAGUAACUAGUGGAACAGGACAUUUUAGACGUCUUUUUCUCAAAAAUCCAGGAAUUUGUGAGUUUUUCGACCUCCUCCAAGUACACCAACUGGAUUCAUAAAUUUCUCAGCCUUAUUAAUUAAACGUGUUCAAAAACUACAAGUUGUAAUUGAAAAAAAGCCAUUUCGAACUUUAUCAGUUCUUGGCCAUGAAACAGAAUCAUUUUGGGCAUUCUAAAAAAAGCAACGAGUGAAAAAUUAAUUCAUUUCUUAUUCUUACUACGCUGAAACCUACAUUAACCUGGCCAAGUUCAUGAUUUAAAAUGAAUAGAACAUAUAUUCCUUCAAAAAAAAAAACGAAUUUUCGGAAUCCAAUGGUAUGAAGAGCUUUAAAACUCAUCAAAAAAGGCAAAAAAAAAGUGCUCGCACUUUAAAAAAAACGUUCCCUAGUCAGCUGAUGAAGACUUAUUUUUAACGUCCGCGAGGUCGUAGGUUCGAGUCUUUGAAAAAAAUCGGCAAAGGUUUUCAAACUGAACCAAAAGCCGAAUCAAAAAUAAAGCCAGAAGCUUUUUAUGAUAGCUUCCAUAAAAAAAACUGAAAAACGCUCAUAAGUAAAAAAAAAACGGUAAAAAACCGUUCAUCAAUUAUCAUUUUUCUAAUCCGGAAAGCACCAACUAAUGAUGAAUCCUGUGAAAUAAUUUUUAAUAUAUUUUUUUCUUGACUUCAAAGAUCUUGAAAAAAAACUGUCAAGGUCCUCGGGUUUUUUUAAAAACAUUGCAGGAAAAAAUUAAAAAAACUCAACUUUUGGGAAAAAAAUGAACCACUUUUUCUCAGUCGAUUUUCUUAUGACUUUGCUGAGAAAUCUACUAGAUACUUUUUCAUAUUUUUCGAAAGGAAUAUUCAAUUUAUUUGAAUUAUUGAGUGACUUUUUUUCAUACUUUACGUUUUUUUUAUUUUUCCUUUCUCUGUCUAAAAAUGUUUCUUGAUAGAAUAAAAAGACAACGAAGAACAAUAUUCAAAAUUCAAACAAUUGUGUUCAUUUUGAGAAACAACAUUCUUUGCGUAUAAAGGAGAGUCAUGAAUUCAAAUUCAAACAAAACUUUUCAACGAGAAACUUUUCUUUAUAUCUUUUUUUUCUUGUUUAAACUGAAAUAAACUGAAUCUGGAAUUCAAACUUUCAACAAAAAAGGAAGUCUUCAAAAAUUUUUACGUUUUCCUUACUCUCUCAAAAAUUUCUUGCCCGGAAAAAAAUUUCAAAGAUUGAGCAUCUUUCCAAGCAAUUUUUGUUCAGUAGAGCAACACAUUUUUUUCAAAAUUUAUCUAAAAAAACUCCAAUUUUUGAAAAACUUCUCACCUUUCAAAGUUCUUCCAGAUGAAGUUACUCAUUCUUCUCUUGGCCACUGUGCUCGCCGUCGUUUACGCCAAUUCCUACGGGCACCAUUCUUACGAUAGACAACCAUCCUAUAACGAGUGAGUUCGAAGUUGAUUAAAUAAUUUGAAGCUGGUAAAAUCACCAUGCAAAAAUAAAUCGUUAAGUGCGUUAUAAAAUGAAACAAAAAUUGUUUUGAAAAAUUGUAAGUUUUAAGGAUCAUCUCUGCUUUUUAUCAAAAGAAAAGAACAGGAAUUUUUUUCGACCUUUUGCAGUCAAAAAAAUAGUUUCAAAAAGGCAAUUUUUGAAUUUUAAACGCUCAAAAAUUAUUUUUUUUGAAAAAUGAAAAGUUUGAUGCAAUAGAAUUCGUGAUAAAAGAUGAAAACAAAAAUUAAAAAGGCGCCAAACAAAAGAAAUUUAUUGGGGGAAAACAAAUUUGCUCAUGUGGAUUUACGCGGUACGCAAACACAGCGACGCAUUUUUUUCAUAAAGAGAACCGUUAUAAAAAAAUAUUUUUUUCCAUAUAUAUUUGUAUUUAUAAUUUGAUGAGAAAAAUCAAACAAAAGUGUCUUUUUUUUCUUCACGAUUCUAGUUCAAAAUUUUUUUCCGAAGAGACUUGAAGCUUUUUGAUAAAUGCUUGAUAUUGAAAAAAAUCCUUCUCAUACAGAUAAUUUUCUACUUUUUUUGUUCAAAAAUCAUUACUACUGGUCGAAAAAAAUACGAUUUAAAAAAAUUUUUUUCUUUAAAAAGAUGAUAUACAGCCACGACAACUAUCACCAUGAUAACUCACGACAGUGGCUACCCUCAUAAGGAGCGCCACUACAAGAAGAAACCCCACUAUCGUCGUGAUUACAGCAAGAGCAGGUACCUUUUUUCAAGUUUUAUUGUAUUCUGAUAAGGAAGGUAGUUUUCCUUUGACUUUUUUUUGAAAACUGUUAACUUUUUGAUUUUCUGAAAAAAAAAAUUCCUGUAACAGUCUACUCAUCCUAGUUUCGAGACCUGAAUAAAUCAUCGAAGCUGGAGAAAUAGACUAUAGCCUUGUUUUUUCCACACAAAGAAGUUGAGAAUUUUCAUUUGGUAGAUCAAGGAGUUAUCUGGCCAGUUUUAUGAAAAUUUUAAAGUCAAGGUGAAGUUACCUUCCUUAUGGGUCGGAAAAUGCAAUUUUCCUUUUCAGGGAGUACCACCACCACCGACCCUCGUACCAUCACGAGCCAAGCUACAAACACUACCCUGAACCAUCCUACCAGCCUCAUCAUCCGAAACCCUACAGACCUGAGAUCGUUCCCUACAGCGGAUAG